GGGCGCGCUGCGCUCUUCCGAAGCGAGCUCCGGGGCACGGGCUGCGCCGCGCCUGGCCUCCGGCCUGCGCCCGCCUCGGCACCGGGGCCGGGGCCGGGUUGGCUGUCGGUGCCGCCGCGCGGGCAGGCGGGAGGGGCGGCGGCAAACCCGCGCCCAGUGCCGAGCGCGCUGCGGCCACCGGCUGCAGCGGAGGGAGCCGGGCCCGCUGCCCGCGGCCUGCCGCCGCCCCGCUGCCCGGGCGCCCGGCGCGGAGGUGAGGGCGCGCUGCCGCGGGCCCGGCGCUCCCUCGCGGGGCAGCGCCGAAGGGGUCCCGGGCCGGGCCGUGCACGGCCAGGCCGCGCUGCUCUCCCCGCGCCGGCGGCACCGCAGCCGGUUCCGGCUGGGCGCGGGUGCCGGCGGAGGAUCUUAACUCGCCAAGAUGCCCAUCAAUGUAGAUGAUGUGAUGCAGCUGUUCUGCCACCUCUCCCAGGAGAAGGGGAUGAAAGCUGCUAUCAAGCAUUCUGGUCGAGGAGCACUGCUGGCAGGUGCAACAGCUUUUCUUGGGGGUCUGAUGGGAGGUCCACCUGGAAUCGCUGUAGGAGGAGCAUUUGGUGGCCUGCUUGGUGCCUGGAUGACUAGUGGACAGUUCAGGCCAGUCCCUCAGAUUUUACUGGAAUUGCCUCCUGCUGAGCAGCAGAAACUCUACGAUGAAGCCGCUGUUAUUCUCAGGCACUUAGACUGGACCGACGUUGCUCAGCUGACUGCUCUUGUAAUGGGAAAUGCUAGUCUCCAGCAGAAGUUGACAGCAGUGCUGAUAAAUUACCUCUCCAAAGAGCUAAGAGCAGAGAUACAGUAUGGAGAAUAAACCUUUCCAGAGCAGGCUUUUUACAGUGUAAUGAAUUUUACUUUGACAAUUGUGUACUUCAACAUAACAAUUAUUGGAUAUCUGUACUAAUUAUGAACAUAGGCCAAUCUAAGAAUUGUUUCAGAUUUGAUGUUUGGGGUUUUGUUUUGUUUGUUUGUGGGUUGUUGUGGGGGGUGAAUGUGUAAGGAUGAGAUUAAUGCAUUAUCCUGCCACGGACUUGCUAUGUAAUUUUGAAUCACUCCGCACUUGACUGAAUUGAAAAUCACGGAAGGGAUUUAGGCUUCUCUUACAUGAAUGUAUCACUAGUUAAAAUUUCCAAAGUCAUUGUGUUUUAUUUAGGAGAUAUAAUCCUGUUUAAGUGCUUUAAAUCUCUUCUGUGAAUGCCAUAUAGGUGUUGCCAAAGUAGCUAGGGCACUUGGCAGAAUUUUGCCUUUUUUGGUUUUUUGCCUGUUUCAGUCCUGCAAAAGAGAGUUACAAGAAAGUACGUUACUGUGAACUCAAAGAUCUCAAAAGUACUCACUUUAUUCUUUGUUGCUUUUUUAUUGGAAUUCUUGAGUUAUUUAUUCCUUUCUGUAAGAAGUGAAGCCGAUGGCUAAACAAGAUUUAAAGCAACAGGUAAACAAAGUGUUCACAAUUAGGAAUUCCUGGUGUCCUAGAAUGGGAGGGCGUGGCGAGAAUAGUCUGAGCUUAGAAAUGGGGAGUUGAACCUGCAGGUUUUAUUCUCUCCCCAGGAUUAGGGUUGUCAUUUCAGCAGUGGUUUCUUGACUGCCUCUGAACAGCUGGACCUCUGUUUUCAUUAAAAUAUUCUCAAGAAGCAU